CCCGUGAUAAUCGUAAGAAUCUACAAGAAGAACUUUUGGGAUCGUUGUUUGCUGUUUCAAGACACACAUGCAGGAAAACCUGUGAUGAACACCAAAUUGCUGCAAAGCAUUCAACAUACUCUUCAUGGCCUUCAGACAAAACAAUGUCUGGUGUAAAAGUCUGUCCCACUGUGAACGGAAACCCCCCUCCCCCAGAGGUCAUAAACCCUAAGAACCCUGGAAGUGACACCAACCAGCUGCAGUACCUGGAGAAAGUGGUGAUCAAAGCCUUAUGGAAGCAUAACUUCUCAUGGCCCUUUCGCCAGCCUGUGGAUGCUGUGGCACUGGGCCUGCCGGAUUAUUAUACAAUCAUCACAAAGCCUAUGGAUCUGACCAGUAUAGAAAAGCGUCUCCAGAACAAAUACUACUGUGGAGCACUUGACUGUGUACAAGACUUCAACAACAUGUUCACCAACUGCUAUAUGUACAAUCGGCCUGGAGAUGACAUUGUUUUUAUGGCACAGACCCUAGAGAAGCUUUUUCUGCAGAAACUGUCCGACAUGCCUAAAGAAGAGUUUGAACUUACAGCAAACAAUACAAAGGAACCAGUGAAGGGAUGGAAGAACCAUACAGCUCAUGCAGGUUCAGUAAAGCACAGAUCCCUUAUGUCAGAAGUUGUUCUCCAGCAGACUGUUACAGUCAUUCCAACUGAUGUGCCUAAAUGUAUCCCACCCUACCAGCUCUCUCUACAAAUUGAUCCCACAGUAAAAAAAGGUUUUAAAAGGAAAGCAGAUCCCACAUCCUCCACCACCUCCGUCAUCUGCCGCAGGGAGGAAUCCCUCUCUGAGAAACAUUCAGCACCGUGUGCGUUAUUGUCCAGGAGAGGCAGUGGAAGGCCCAUCAAACCUCCUCUGAAGAAAGACUUACCUGCCUGUGAGAGCAAGGUGCGCCUGUCUGAGCAGCUGAGGUUCUGUAACGACAUGCUGAAGGAGAUGCUGUCCAAGAGACACUAUGCCUAUGCCUGGCCCUUUUACACUCCUGUUGAUGCUGUGUCUCUGGGCCUGCAUGACUACCAUGACAUCAUCAAGCAGCCUAUGGACCUCGGCAACAUCAGGAAAAAGAUGGAUCAAAGGGAGUAUGAAAAGGCAAAGGAAUUUGCAGCUGAUGUACGCCUGAUGUUCUCCAACUGUUACAAAUACAAUCCACCGUCACACGAGGUGGUUUACAUGGCAAGAAAACUGCAGGACGUCUUUGAGGCCCGAUAUCUGAAGGUUCCCGAAGGAGUAGAUGUUUGUCCCAUACCUCGUCAGCAACUCGAGAAAGGAAAGUCAGAGCGAGUUGGAAGUGUGUCAACAUCAGCCAGCUCUGAAAGCGACAGCUCCUCAGAGGCAGAGAGUUCCUCAGGAGGGGUGUCGGUUCAGCUGGCCAAUCUAGAGGAACAGUUGGAAGCUGUCCGCAAUGAGCUGAAGAGACUUGCCCAAGAGCCUGUGAUGAAACAUAAGAAGAAAGCAAAGUUGAAAAAAGAAAAAAAAGCUAAAGAAAAGGAUAUCGCUAGAUUAAAGCACAUAUCCUCGAAAUACAAAUCUAUGGUAGAAAAACUGGCCAACCGCAAAAGCUCUACUUUGCACGGCAACAGACACAAUAUUCAUGGGGUACCUUUAACGUGUGAGGAUGAGGUCCCAUCAAUUCCAGUGACUUACCAGGAGAAGAGGCAGCUGAAAUCGGACGUCGACAAGCUGCCUGGUGACAAACUGGGCAAGUUGGUGAAGAUCAUCCAUGCCAGGGAGAACUGCCUGCAAGACUCUUCUAUGGAGGAGAUUGAAGUUGACUUCGAAAUGCUCAAGCCUUCCACGCUGAGGGCCCUGCAGAGGUUUGUUGCAGCGUGUCUGAGGAAGGUCAACAAGAAAGCUUGUAAAACGAAGCUGGUCACAGGAGGAAUGCAGACCGGGAAACUAAAGAAUGCCUGUGCAUCUCAGGUUGCCAGUAAAGAGCAGCACUUAAUUAAGAAUAAACAGCAACCGCCUAAAGUCAUGGCGGCCCCUGACCCCGGCUGGCUCCCACGCCUCAGUGCGAGCAGCAGCAGCAGCAGCAGCUCAGGCAGCAGCAGCAGUAGUGAUUCCAGCUCUAGCAGCGAUGCCAGUGUCCUCGAUACAGUGCCAAAAACAAAGAAGCAGAAAAGUAAAGACUCUUGCCAAAAGGUUAAGACAAAGGUAACUCGUACUGCCUGUGGCAAGCAGUUAUCGCUGAUAAAAGAUUUGACAAAAGCCUCUUUGAAGACCUGCCAACCUCCUCGUGCUGGGCAAUCCGCCAAAGCAGAAACCAAAGGCCACCCAACAUACAAUAAUAAAGACUGGACCUUUGACGAGAUGACUUUAUCACCUCCAGUUGAUCUCUGUAUCCUGUUGCCCACAUCUCCCUCCCUCUCCACCUCUUUCUCUGUUACUAUUGAUUCUCUGCUUUGCUUCUCCUCCCUUCAAUCUUAG